AUGGCCCCAAACAAGAUAUCCGACCCUCUGAAGAUAAUGAUUCCCAUCAUGGGAGCAACAGGCGCAGGCAAAAGUAGUUUCAUCAACAUGGCUAUAGGAACGGAGAGCAGAAAGGUCGGGCACAACAUCCAGUCUUGCACUUUCGAGGUUGCCGCUGUUGAGGUCCCUCCGUCGAAGCUCCAAGACAUCCCAUUGAUAUCAAAUAGAAAGGUUUACCUCGUCGAUACGCCCGGUUUCGAUAACACCUACCACCACGACGUCGAAAUCUUGGAUAAAAUUGCAACAUGGCUAAAAGAGUCAUACAAAGAAUUCACAAUAUGUGGCGUAAUAUACCUUCACGACAUCUCUGCGGAUCGCUAUACCGGGACAGCAAAGCGUAACUUGCAGAUUUUCAGUAAACUCUGCGGGGACUCUGAUGGCGUUCUUGAUCACGUCAUCAUUGGAUUGACCAAAGGCAGCCGCAUCCCAUCAGAUGAGGCCUUGAGGCGAGAAGAAGGAUUGAAGGAGCGUCAAUGGGGACAUAUGCUCUCCAAAGGCGUGGAGGUUUAUCGCGUUUCGGAAGACGGCACGGAGAUCCAUCCAAUAGACCUUCUUCGUAAGAUAUUCCAAAAGCAUCAGGAGCACCUAACUCUCAGGAUUCAAGAGGAGAUGACCAUACAGAGAAAAAUCGUUCCGCAGACGGAUGCAGGCUUGGAAGUACGCCUGACCCUGGAACAGAUACUGACACUUUAUAAAAAGCAAUCAGAAUAUGCAGAAACCUCUGCAGAUCGUAAGGCGAUCGAAAAGAAAAUCGAAAUUUUGUCAAACCAGAUCAAUACCUUGGAAAUCCCUCUUUCGCGUCGACUGCGAAUGCUCCUCGGAAUCUAG